GCAACCCGCGUCCUCUAGCGAGUUGCCCUAGCCGCCGCGCUCGCCGUCGCCGCCGCCGCCGCCGUCUCAGCCCCAGAGCUCCAGAUCCAGCCUCCAGGAGCUCGACAGGCGUCUCCCUCCUCCCGCCGCCCCAGCUCCGCUUCGUCAGCCGUCGCGCCGAUGGCGGAGGAAGCCACUCAGGGGAAGAAGGAGGAGGAGGAGUUCAGCACGGGGCCGCUGUCCGUGCUGAUGAUGAGCGUCAAGAACAACACCCAGGUGCUUAUCAAUUGCCGGAACAAUAAGAAACUACUUGGUCGUGUGAGGGCAUUUGAUCGGCAUUGCAACAUGGUUCUUGAGAAUGUCAGGGAGAUGUGGACUGAGGUGCCAAAGACUGGCAAAGGCAAGAAGAAGGCACUUCCGGUGAACAAGGACAGGUUUAUCAGCAAGAUGUUCCUACGUGGGGAUUCAGUCAUCAUUGUGCUCAGGAACCCGAAAUGAGUUAGCAUUGUAUCCAGGACUGUCUCUUUGCUGCGUCGCUCUUAGUAAUGUCCAAAUGCUCUAAGCACAUGUCUAAGAGAAUCGAACCAGAAUCAGCUAUAUUUGAUGGUUGAGUGUUGUAGUUGGAGUUGUUAUGACUUAUGAUUUUACCUCCCUUGUACCUAACUUGCAUGGUUAGCAUCUGUUUGGAUCAUCAAUGUAUUAGCUCAAGACAAUUUAGAAUUGGGUUUGUCCACUGGUA